ACACCCUAGCAUACCGCAAUAAAUCGAUGACGUUAUAGAGCCACAGAAUUUAUUCAGGUCAAAGUCUGUGUUUGGAAUUUUAAAGAAAUACAUAAUCAGAAUAUUCGUUUCAAAUUGUUAAUAUAAAGAGGAAUAAAACGACAUAAAUUUUCUCAGUUCAAAUUUACAAUCUAAAGUACAAGAAAACAUUGAUACUUAGUUCACCUUUGUGGUGUAUAAAAGAAACCAUUAAUUUUCCCAUGUUCACCUUUGGAAUAUACAUAGCAAAAAUCAUAGAUUUCUGAAGUUCACAUCUUGAAAAUUAUUGAGGAAACCAUAGUUUUUUUCUCAGUUCACUCUUGGAAUAAAAAAGAAAAUAGAUCACCUGUGGAAUAUACAAUUUGUGGUUAUAUUGAAAGAUUAAACUGUUUAUUUCGUUCUUUAUAUAUAUUUUUGAGAAACCGAAUUUAUAUACUAAGCUCAUAUAAAUAAUAUUAAGAGUUAAACAUGUGAAUUUCCAAUAUUUUAGAGUUGGAAGUGAAAUCAGAUUUGACAUACAAUUUCAUGUAAUUUGUCCGGUUCAGUGUAAAGUAACUGCACUCAAAUAACGUGAUAGAAUAUUUGUAUUCUGCUUAGUUAUUAUUGUUUCCUAUCUGGACACUAUGCCAUCUAGUGAGCCAUGUUUAAAGAUAGGAAUGUUAUUAGCACUUCUAACAAUACCAGCGGCUAUUGUUGCCUUAGUGCUGCCAUGGUGGGCUUUUAGAGAAGACGAUUUCUUCGGUGAAUCCUGGAAAUUGAACAUUGGUCUGUGGAAAUGGUGCCAAAAGACCGUGGACAUCGAUGGCGAUUCUUCAACUGCAUGCCGAAGACAUACUUCACCCGAAGGAUAUAUAGUUACGUCACGAUGUCUUUUGAUAUUUGCUCUGCUACUACAUGCACUAGGACUGGUGGCGGUGGUUGUUCAAAGAUGGUUUGUACAAGAGCUGAUCCUUCUUACAGUGUUCGGACCUCUCCUUUUAUGUUUUGCAGGAUUGCUUGGCUGGGUAGCAACCGUGACCUAUGCAGAUAAAUACGUCGAUACACCAGGCAACCAACCACGAGAUAUCCAUGCAGGAUGGGUGAUUUCCCUUACAGCAUCAGGGUUCUGUUUCAUUUCGGGACUGUUGUUUGCCGGAAGACAAAUUUAUGAAAAAUGAUUUACUAAACCCAGUUGCAAAAUUGUACCAGAUAAGGGCAAUAAUGCUUUCUUUGAAAUGUAUCUGGGACGUAGCACAGAACAUUAUUUGACAUCGACGUUAUCAUUACAGAAAUUUAUAAAUUAUGUGUAUAUUUGUAGUCAAAAUGCUAAAAAAAUAUUCUCCUGAACACACCAUUUUGUUAAGUCGACACGUUCUCUGUGUAUUGAGAAAUGUAUAACUCUUCUGACUUACGGCUUAGUGAAACUCCAGGGUAUAAUUGCCACUGUGCCUCUGCUUAGACAAACAAAAGGCAUUUAGAUUGCCUAGAAACCAGAAUUACUGUCAAAGUACCAAUAUCGAUAUCAAAUAAGAGGACCACGAUGAAAGCGAGAUAUACGAGACCCAUUGCUUGACAAGGUCGCAAUUCUUCAAUACAAAAGCAGGUCAUUGGAACUCAUUUCUUUUAUUCCGGCUAUAUUUCAUAAUACACAUAAGUAGAGUUUCACUGAGCUAUGCUACAUGCCAAGUAUCAACGUUUCCUAUUAAAUUUAGGCGGAAUAACUGAUUUGACUUCACAACUGAUUUGACUUCACGACAGGGCAUAUUUUUACCCAGGCAUAUGAUUGACACAUCAUUUAUAGAAGUCCAAUAGACACUGUCCUGUUGUUUCAGAGAAGCCGGUUAUUUUUUUUCUGUAAAUAACCUCAUGGGAAGGACCCAACUUUGACCCUGGUAAGGAACUUAAUACUACAUGUAAGUUCAAGAUAAUGCACUUUCAGAGAAGAAGAUACAAGUCUAUGUAAAUCCCAUGAUGACAUGAGCAUGAUUUAUACCAGCGUCAGGGCAGAAUUUGGUCUCAUGGGAAUUAUCUAAUAACUUUAGUGGAUGCACAAAAGAUUAAGAUGCUGCUAUUUGUUAGGUUUCUAAGCGAUGGGUACUGUAGUUUCACACAAGCAGAUUUAAAUGUCAUUUUCUAUACAUGUCUAUGUUUACUAAGUGACCCCUAGGGAAUGGUAAUCUUUUAUACAGAUUUUUAAAAUUUUAAGUUCAAAAUUUAAAAAGUUUCAAGUUACUUCAUGCCAAAUAUCUUCGUUCUUGACAUAGUUGCUUCUGAAGUUUCUAAGGAUUUCAUUCUGUAAGUCUAAUUUUAGCUCCUUUGAUCUACUUCUGUAUCAGACUAAAACCAUGUACAUUUGUAUAUAAUUUUACAAAAAUGUGAUUAACAUUUACUUAUGUCAUGUAAUUAAUAUAAUUUAAUAUAUUAUAAGAUGACACCUAUACCAUUAAAAGGAAUUGGACAAAAGAACAUAUUGUUGUGUUUUGGGGGUAGAAAUGUCGUACUAGUAACUUACAAAUAUAAGAAUAAAAUUGCAAGGACUGACAAAAGUGUUUAAAAUGUAUAUACAUUGUAGUUAGUAUGAUAUAUCUAAAAUUCCUUUAAUAGUCUCCUACAGAAAUAUUUGAAAAAAAGAAAGAUUAUUUCACUUUAUAUGAUUUUGAAUAAGAUACAAAAUUAAGAAAAAAUGUAUGUAAUUAAUAUUUUAUUAUCUUCUUGCUGCAUAGAUUUUUGAUACUGAAAUAUGUAGUACAAAUGGAUAUGUCAUUUGGCAUUCAUAAUAUACAAGGCAAAUUAAUAAAAAUGUCCUGCCCUAUGACAAACUGUGUUAUGUGUUUCUGGCAAUUAAUGUAAACAUGACAUUCCAAAAAAG